AUGAACAGGUAACUUACACCUGAUGGUACCAAAUCAACAAUGAGAAGUACUAUUUUACCGAAAAUUGCCAAUAAACAAUCUAAAUUAGAAUAACAAUAAAGCAUCUACUAAAGUGUGGAUGCAGAGAAGAUGUAAAAGAAAACAAGGAACUUUGAUUUCUCAAACCUGUAGAGAACAAUUCAGACCAGUUAUUCCAAGAGCAGACAAAAACAAAGGACUAUCCUAUAACCCUUAACUCAUACUAUCAAUAACCGAAUCUAGACCAAAUAAUAGCUAAACAGAAUAAUAAACUAAUUGAUCCGAAUAAUGUAAAAUGAUGCUGAAUUUAUGAACUCAUGUAAACAUUUGCAUGUCAAUUCAUAAAAGUUAUCAUAACUAUUGCUCAUGCUUACUCCACAUAAUUUUGAGACAGAAGGAUUCUUCACAAUUCAUCGUAAGUUGAAAUAAUAAUCACUAUCAAACGAGCACUCUUAUUUUAUUGAAAUUGAUAGAAUGUUUUUUAGUGUCUCUAAAUUAAACAUCCCUGUACCAUUAUAGCAUUUGAUGCAGCUAUCAUAAUAUAGUGAUUCCCUUUUUUAAGAUAAUUCUUUUGGCAUGAUUGUGAAUUACUAAUAAAUGCUAUCUAUUUUAAAGUAAGCAUAUCAAGUGCAUAAAAACAUGCUGUCGUAGUAAGAGUUAAGCACAACAACAGCAAGUGAUGACGAAGAAAGAUUGUCACCUUCCACUAGAAUUGUAUAGAGAUUAUUAUCUCGCAAUACUGCAAGAAAGGUUCAAUUUAAAUAGAAGCGACUGGGUUACAUCAACGAUUAGAAUAUGGUUGCUUAUUAUGAUUCCUUCACUGACUUGAAAAAGAAACUGGAGAGAGAUUGGAAUGCCAAGAACUAUAUCUUUGGAUGUAUCAGAUUUGGGUAUAUUGACCUUAUCAAAUAUCCUCAAUAUGUUGAUCAGUAAACAAAGAAGGAACUCAAAAUAUUCGGUUAACAGAGAUCAAGAUUACCUAUAUCCAUAUAAGUUGUCUAUAAACAUAAAUCUCAAGCGAUGAAUCAAGAGAAGGCAUUGAACAAAUUGAAUCUGUAUCAUCCCAAGAAUAUUUAUUACGAAUCAUAUACCAAGGACCCUGAUUUUAUAUCCAGAGUUUGUUAUUUGAAUAUGUAUAGUUUAUCCAAUAGAUUUGAAUCUAUUUACACAUAUAAGAAUGAUCAGAUAACCGAUUACAAUAUUAUGCAUAUUGAUAGCAUCUGCAUCAAGAACUUAUUCACAGAAUAAUCAGAAAAUAUUACCAAAGAUUAUGCCUUUGAUGAUUAAUAAGGUGGUUUCCAUAUUAAAAAGAAGGAAUAUCGUCCUCUGGAUUUAGAAUAAGCAGAUGAAUCAGAUUCAGAACCUGAUCUGGAUGUGUAUGAUCCACUUUAUGUUAAGAGCAUACAAUCAUAUCCACAGUACUUGAUAGAAACUCAGAUUCAAUUUACUUUUCCAUUGCUCUACAGAUUUUAUUACAAUAAAAUGUCAACGAAUGCAAAGAUCAUUCGUGAUAAUUAUGCAGAAUUAGUUGAUUAAUGCAAGAUAAAACCUGAAUAGUAAUUCAAAGAGAAAUUUGUAAAUGUGCCAAGUCCUGAUAAUUGCAAUUAUCAAAGACACAAAUAUAAACAACCAGAGACUGUAGAUCUAACUGACGAAAGCGACAAUGAAAUAUAUGAACAACCACUUGAGGCCUUAGAUAAAUAAGAUCUAUCCCUGAGUUUUAAAGUGCAGCCUCUAAUCAAAGAAGAAGAUUAACGAGAACAUACUCAAUAUCUUAAGAGUCAAUCCUCAAUUAUUAUACAGGAUGAAUAAAAAGUGAAUGACAAAAUUCAAUUUGCUCACAAUGUUGCUAGUCCAUUCAUCUGUUUAUAAUAUUCUUAUGCACUAUUAUUAUAGUUAAGAUUUCCAUUAUCAAUUCAUAUGUAGAUAAUUCCAUCCAUUGUCGAACGAGAAUUACCCUUGAAAGAAGUGAAUAUUGAAGCAAGUACCAUAAUUAUUGAUAAUACUCUAACUAUUGAUUAAGGAAUCAAAGAUUUGGAAUCCUAUCCUAUUAUAGAUAUAGAUUCUGAAGAAGAACCAAGUUUUGAUGAAAUGCCCCUUGAAAUUGAUUUGCCUGAAUAAGUGGAAUAAUAGACAAUUGAACAAAAGAAUGAGGAUGAUGAAGAAAUUACUAUUGACAAAGUUACUGAAUUUGUAGAUUUGGAAAUAAAAGAUAAUCUGACCAUUGAAGUUAAAAAUGAUUAUGUAAGUAAAUUGGUGAUUGAUGGAUAUCCUAUUUAUUUUUAUUUAGAUGAACAUCUAAGGAAAACUGAACCACUCAUUCAUAAAGUGACUAUGGAAGGCAAAGAAAUUCAAUCAGUCCAAAUAAGUUGUGAAUAAAAGGGAUCCAAAAUUUAUAUCAAACAAUUUGCGAUAAAGGCUUUAUGUGAUUAAAGAUUGGAAAGCAAUAUUGAGAAAAAGUAAAAUUAUGAAGAAGAGGAUAAAUAAGUCAAUAUUUAUGAACCAAUAUCAUUGCCUGAAUAGUGGAAUCAAGGUUAAUUUGUUAUCAAUUUAUAUUACUUGUAAAGAGAAGAUAUGAACUAAAAUGUAGAAUGGCUCAAAAGCGUCUUGAUCACUUAUUUUCCUUAAAUUAUCAUUGUAGAAGAGUAUAGUGAAUCCUUUGAAGCCUAUAUCUAUGGAGUUGGUCCCAAGGAUUUUAGAGAUGCAAACGGACGAACUUUGCUUUUUAGAAAAGACACCGAAGACUGGACUCAAUUUAAUCAAGAAUUUUAAUUCAAAACACUCCUAAUCUAUGAUACAAUAUGCUACUUAAUUAGUCUCUAUGGAUCUAUUGAUUAAUUAAGUUUUGUUUAAAAUAAAUACAUUUCAGAAAAUCACUCAAAGCAUACCAAAUCUAAGUUUGAAAAACUGCAUUUGCAUCCCUAUAAAUAUGUUGAAAAUGUAGAAAGGGAACGAAUCAGACCCACAACUGGUUAUAGUAAAGCUGGUCCAAGAAGAUAAAAUUAUUGAUAUUAUAAAUAUAUCUAUAUAGAUACAACAUAAAC